UAUUCCCGCGCGUCCUUCUUUACCGGUCGACCCUCACGCGUGUCAAAAUGGCGAAAAAGAAAGUGGACGACAAAAACAGCCUUAACGGGAAUAAUACGAAGAACGAGAGCGAUUUAUCGUCCAACGAUGAUGAACCAAACUUCAGCGAUCCCGAGGGAUACGUCGACAACAUCACCGAUGAAGAGCUCCUGGCCGAUAUUUUGAAGCAGAAGCCGAAGGAGACUGACGGUGUUGAGAGCGUGAUUGUGGUCGACGGUGUCCCGCAAGUGGGCCCCGACCGUAUCGAGAAAUUGAAAUCCGUCAUUAAUAAGAUUUUCGUCAAGUUCGGAUCCAUAGUCAAUGAGUACUAUCCAGUGACCGAAAACGGUCACACCAAAGGCUACAUUUUCCUGGAAUACUCCUCUCCAGUCAACGCAGCUGAAGCCGUGAAGCUCACCAAUAAUUUCAAGCUUGAUAAGCAGCACACUUUCCAAGUCAAUCUCUUCACUGACUUUACCAAAUAUGAGGCGAUUCCGGAGGAGUGGGACCCCCCGAAGCCGCAGCCCUACGAGGGCCAGGGGGACGUCCACCACUAUUUGCUCGAGCCUGAUGCUUACGACCAAUUUGCCGUGGUUUUGGGACAGGGACAGUCGGUUCAAAUUUGGCAAAAUACGCAGCCUGAUCCUUCCUUACUUGAGGAGAGACAUGCUUGGACACAUGCUUAUAUCAAGUGGUCUCCGUUAGGUACGUAUUUAGCCACUUUCCAUAAGCAAGGUAUCGCGUUAUGGGUGGGUCAGAAGUUUAGCCAAUACAAAAGGUAUGCCCAUGCCAAUGCACAAUUUAUUGAUUUUUCGCCGUGCGAGAAGUAUUUGGUGACGUACUCGCCUCAGGGAGAUCCGCAGCAUCCGCAACAGAAAGGGAUCAUUAUUUGGGAUAUAAGAACUGGCCAAGAAAAGCGUUCUUUCAACCCUGAAGGCCCCUCCUCAUGGCCGAUUUUCCGCUGGUCUCACGACGACAAAUACUUCGGACGCGUGGGCAACGACGUCCUCUCCAUCUACGAAACCCCCUCGUUCGGUCUCCUUGAGAAAAAAUCAAUCAAAAUCAGCGGCAUCCGCGACUUCAGCUGGUCGCCCACCGACAACAUCGUCGCCUAUUGGGUGGCAGAAGACAAAGACGUUCCAGCCAGCGUAACCCUCCUUGAAAUCCCCAACCGCAACGAAAUCCGCAAGAAGAACCUCUUCAACGUCGCCGAUUGCAAAAUCCACUGGCAAAAAUCUGGCGAUUAUCUAUGCGUCAAAGUCGACCGUUACUCGAAAGUUCGCAAAGAGAAAAAUGAGACGAAGUACAGCGGAAUGUACUGCAACUUCGAGAUCUUCCACAUGAGGGAAAAACAGAUCCCGGUGGAUAGCGUCGAGAGUAAGGAACCCAUCCAGGCGUUCGCUUGGGAACCGGUCGGAUCGAAGUUUGCGGUCAUACAUGGAGAAUCGCCGAAUAUUAAUGUCAGUUUUUACGAAGUGAGAGUGGGACAAGCCCCAAUUCUGCUUAAAAAGUUCGAGAAAAGGGCGUGUAAUCACCUGUUUUGGUCGCCCGGAGGCCAGUUUAUUGUUUUGGCGGGGUUGGGAUCGAAUGGUGGUGGAUCAUUGGAGUUUGUUGAUACGCACGAGUUUUUGGUUAUGAAUACGACGGAUCAUUUCCAAAUGUCGGAUGUCGAGUGGGAUCCGACGGGAAGAUACGUCACGACGUCCGUUUCGUACUGGAAAACCAAAGUUGAUACAGGUUAUUGGAUUUGGUCGUUCCAAGGAAAAAUCCUGAAACGUGUUAAUUUGGAAAAAUUCGCCCAGUUGUUGUGGCGUCCACGACCUGCAACUUUAUUGUCUGAAGAAAAGCAGAAAGAAAUCAAAAAGAACCUCAAAAAGUAUUAUCCACAGUUUGAGAGCAAAGACAGAAUGAGACAAUCGAAAGCUUCAAAGGAACUUAUCGAAAAACGUGCCGCUUUAAUGAAGGAGUUUAACGAAUACAGAAGUAAAAGGAUUAAGGAAUAUAACGAGAAUAAGCAAAGACGACUUCAACUUAGAAAUAAUAUUGAUACCGAUGAAUUAGAUGCCGACCCACAAAACGUAGAAGAAGAAAUUGUAGAAUUCUUUAUUAAAGAGGAAACAACCAUUUUGGACUAAGACAAUUGAGGUUGAAGUGUUGGUUCCUGUGUGCAUUCAACGUGUGCACGGGAUUUAUAGUGACUGUGAAUUCAUAAACAGCCUUAAAUAAGAAAAUUUACACCAAUUUGUUGUGUUUUAUCUUAUUUAGUAGGUUCUCGUUCAAUCUUUUUCUGUUGUCAGCUGCCAUUAUAUUUUAAUUUUUUAUUCUAUUUAGGUGGGUCAAUUUUAACCAUGUACGAUACUAAUCUCAACUGUCUGUUGGUUAUUUGGAAAAUAAAUUUUCAUAUGACAAA